UGCCACCCUUCCUUAAAUACUCUCACGCCCUCCUCUCCUCUACGCUACGCUCCAAAUAUAACAACCACCUCUCUUCCUCUCCUCUCUCUAACGGAUACUUCUCACGCUCCACAACAACAACGAGACGAAGGACGAGCAGAAGAAGAAGAGGAGGUAACAACGGAGGAGGAGAAGAGAAGGUGACAACGUUGCCAUCCGCCGGAGAUGGGAGCCGCAUCCAUCCCCUCUGGCGGAUUCCUCGCCGGGAGAACGCCGGUGCUCGGCCUCCCCGUCUACGCGCUCCUAUUCAUCUCCGCCGCCGCCCUCCUCGUUGCGCUGCUCCUCUUCCUCCUCCGUCGCUCCCGCGCCCGGAUGAAGCGCCGGUCCCCGGCGCUGAUCCCCACCUCCACCAAGGAGAUCGCCGAGAUUCCCACCGCCGCACCUAGUGAGCACGACAAGGGGAUCAAGGAGAUGAAAAAUGCGGCGGUGGCGAAGGCCGAGAAGCCGUCGGAGGCGUCGUGUUCGUCAUCGUCGUCGUCGACGGAAAAGGAGAAGCCGGAGAAAAAGGAAAACAUUGGGUGGGGGCGGUGGUACACGCUAGCAGAGCUGGAGGCGGCGACGGCCGGGUUCAGCCCCGGGAACGUGAUCGGGGAGGGGGGUUAUGGGAUCGUCUACCGCGGCGUCUUUCCGGAUUUCUCGGUGGCCGCCGUCAAGAAUCUCCUCGACAAUAAGGGUCAAGCGGAGAAGGAGUUCAAGGUGGAGGUUGAAGCCAUUGGAAAAGUAAGGCAUAAGAACCUUGUAGGACUUAUUGGAUACUGCGCUGAAGGUGUUAAAAGGAUGAUUGUAUACGAAUAUAUUGACAAUGGAACCCUGGAGCAGUGGUUACAUGGUGAUGUUGGUCCUGUUAGUCCAUUGACAUGGGAUAUAAGAAUGAAAAUUGCUAUUGGAACAGCAAAAGGUAUAGCAUACUUGCAUGAAGGUUUGGAACCUAAAGUUGUGCACCGAGACAUCAAGUCCAGCAACAUUCUUCUAGACAAGCAAUGGAAUCCUAAAGUGUCAGACUUUGGAUUGGCUAAGGUCUUGGGAUCUGGUUCAAGCUUUGUAACAACUCGUGUAAUGGGAACAUUUGGGUAUGUGGCUCCUGAAUAUGCAUGCACUGGUUUGCUUAAUGAGAGCAAUGAUGUGUAUAGCUUUGGUGUUCUGUUAAUGGAAAUAAUAUCUGGAAGAAGUCCGGUAGAUUACAGCAGGCCAGUUGGAGAGGUAAACAUGGUUGAAUGGUUUAAACGAACUGUACAAAGCAAGCGUGAAGAGGAAGUGGUAGAUCCAUUAAUUGAGGUUAAGCCUUCACCGAGAGCGUUGAAGAGGGUAUUGCUAGUCUGCCUUCGUUGUAUAGAUAUGGAUGCUCAAAAACGGCCUAAGAUGGGUCAAAUUGUGCACAUGCUGGAAGGAGAUGAGUUCCCCUUUCGCAUGGAACUUCGAUCAGCCAGAGAAGGAACUCUGAGUUCAUCCAUGUCAGCCAAGUUGGCUCCCCCUGCUAAUUCUGAAAGGUCGAUGUGGUGACAACACCGAAAGGAAUAGUUCUGUAAUAUGCUAGUGGUUUUGUUAAUAGUUCUGUCUGGAACAUAAUUUUUCACUGAUGGUGCUUCUUGAUUGUGCAUAUUUAUUUAAUUUUUACGGAAAACUAAACUCUUAGGACUUA